AUGAAUAAAAUGAUGCAAGCAAGUCGUAGGAUAGCUAUAGAAAGAGUUAUUUUAACUGAAUCUUCAAAGUUGCCAAAAGAAGAAUUGUCAGAUUUGCUAAAUCCCAAUCAAAAAAUUGUUUAUAUAACAGUGACCAACUAUGUAACAAGAUAUGUUUCAUUGACUCUACAAGAAUCAACAAGUUUACCGUCAUCACAAUCUAAGCAAUCUCCUACGACCAUAGUAUCAGAAAUUAUUACACCAACGAUAACAAAUAGCCACGUACAAAAAUUUGCCGAUUCCGUUGUUCCUGUCGAAUAUACUACUUCUAAUGUUGACUUCUUUACAUUUUCCACUCCAACAUCUUCAACUAUCGACUACAUUUCUACUUCUGGUACUGCUACACCUACUGGUACCACUACCGACACCAACACUCAUCUUUCAAUAACCACCGAUCAAAAUAAUCCUCAUACAACUUUGAGUGAAAAUCAAUUAAAAUCGAUAAUAGUCGGCAAGAAAUACAGCUCGACUUUAACUUCAUCAAAAGUAAAAGCAACAUCGAUACAAGCAACAACAACAACUAGUUCGAGUGUAAAGAAACUAUUAGAUUUAAACGAGGUUACAACAGCUUGUGGAAAUUGUCAAAAACGUAAGAUUAAAUGUUCUGGAGAAACGCCUUGUAGUUAUUGUGUUAAAAUAAAUAAACCAUGUUUACCUGGUAAGCCUGGUAAAAAACGUGGUCCUCCUCCUGGCACUGAAGUCAAUAAAAACCGUAAAAAGUUUAUUAAUACAAGUUUCUCUCAAUUCAACAAUUCUUAUCAUUAUCAACAACGUCAUGUUGUUAAUUAUUCUCCUGAUUGUGGUCAAGAUUAUGAUGACAUUAAUAUUAAUAAUAGUCUUGACUCCAAUCCAAAUGAUCUUUAUGAUCAACAUCAUCACAUUUUUCAAUUUAACCAAGUCAGAAACAACAAUAUUACUUCGACUAAUAAUAACGCUAAUUUUAUUAAUAAUGCUAAUGCUACUAAGGACAACAAUGAACCUUUUCAAUCAAGAUUGCAUGUAAAUAAUUAUUCUACUUAUGAACAAUAUCCACGUGAUUGCUUAAUUUCACCAAAUUCAGAUGAAAACACAGAAAAUAUAACAAGAAAGAUAAUUGUUAGAAAUAAUAAUGAUAUCCCUUUAAUCAAACCAAUCCCAAUUUAUCCACAGUCAAACACAAGUACUGUUAUUGUCAACAGUUGCCCAAACAAUUCGUUAUUAGAGGAAGAAAAACAAUCAGAUGAAAUUGAAAAAGAUUCGUCGUCGAUAUUUAAAAAAUCAGAAUCAUCAACAACAAAUGAAAAAUCACCAAUAUCUGGUUCUAAUAAUCGUAAUAAUAAAAAGAGUUCGUGA